AUGGAAUCCGAAAACCAUUAUGGUCCAACCGAAGGUUUUGUAAACCUUUUAACGAGCCAGAUCAUUGACCUUGGAUCAUCACAAGUGCCUGUGUUUGGUACACAACCUUUUGGAGAGGAACGUGGCUUUUCCGGGAUGAUAGGAAGCAUUGAUUGUACUUUGAAUGAUAUAAACGUGCUUGACCGUUCACCUGUGUUUGAUGACAUAUUACAAGGUCGAGCUCCAAAAGUGAGGUACACUGUCAACGGUCACAACUAUAAGUUGCCUUAUUACCUCACCGACGGUAUCUAUCCGAAAUGGGCAACUUUUAUACAAUCCAUUCACCUUCCACAAGAUGAGAAAGCAACAACGUUUGCUAAACAUCAAGAAUCCGUCCGGAAAGAUGUCGAGCGUGCUUUCGGGGUUCUCCAAGCCCGAUUUGCUAUUAUUAAAAAUCCAGCACUCAUCUGGGAUAAGGAAAAGAUUAGAAAGAUUAUGAGGGCAUCCAUCAUAUUACACAAUAUGAUUGUGGUAAACGAACGAGGUAACCGCAGUUUGUAUGAUAUUUCAGGAUUCCAACAACCAGACGGAACCAGAUCGUCACACGUUGAUAUGACGUAUUCUACGGAUAUGUCUACAAAUAUCAACAAUAUGAUCGGAAAUCGGAACGAAGUUCGUGAUAAAAAAAUACAUGAACGUUUGCAAGCUGAUUUGAUGGAGCAUAUUUGGAACAAAUUUGGUGGCUAA